CCAUGCCUACAUGUUUCCGCUUUCUCUUCUCUGAUCUCUUAGUGUUGUUCCUUCUUUUACUCACAGCCUCUUUGUCUUCUCCGCAGCCAUUUUGUCAUCAAGAUGAGAGCUUAGCUCUUAUGCAAUUCAAGGAUAGCUUUAUCAUAAACAAUGAUACUUUUCCGUCUUGCUAUCCCAAGGCUACAUCAUGGAGGGUAGAAGCAGAGCAUGGUAGAUCAGAUUGCUGCUCAUGGGAUGGGGUUGAGUGCGACCCCCACACAGGUCAUGUUAUUGGCCUUGACCUUAGUGACAGCUGUCUCUAUGGUUCUAUCAACUCCAACAGUAGCCUCUUCCGCCUUUCUCAUCUUCGGAGCCUUAAUCUCGCUUUAAAUGACUUCAAUUACUCAAAAAUCCCAUCUACAAUUGGAAAUCUUUCAUGGCUAACAUAUCUUAAUCUCAGCCACUCUUAUAUUUCAGAAGAAGUCCCCUCCGAAGUUUCACAUCUCUCCAAGUUGUCGUCUCUCGAUCUAUCUUCCAAUUCUAAUUUAAUUAUUGGAAGUCUCACAAGGUUAGUCCAAAACCUAACCCGCCUCGAAGAGAUUGUUCUUAGUGGAGUCAUGAUAUCGUCCAUAGUACCUGAAAGCUUGGCAAAUUCUUCUUCUUUGAAGACUCUAAAGCUAGAAGGUUGUGGAUUGUACGGGGAGUUUCCAACUAGAAUAUUUCAGCUACCGCAACUACGGGACCUUUGGAUAGGAACCAAUGAAGAUCUCACUGGUCAGUUGCCCGAAUUUCAUUCCAGCAAUGUCCUUCAAGCUUUAUCGCUUUCUUACACAAGCUUCUCUGGAUCGAUCCCAAAUUCUCUCUGGAACCUUACCCAGCUCACUAUUCUGGACCUCAUAGGGAACUCGUUUGAUAAUUCUUCAUGCCUCACCAAAGCCAGCUCUAAUCACACUUUUCCACAUUUACAAUAUCUAGGAUUGUCUUCUCUCAACUUAACAAAGUUCCCAAAUUUCCUACGAAACCAAAACAAACUUGUGCAGCUAGAUUUAUCAGAAAACAAUAUUCAAGGUAUAAUACCCAAAUGGAUGUUUAAUGCAAGUAAAGAAAACCUUCAAGAUUUAUAUCUUUCUUACAACCUUCUCACAGGUUUUGAAAAUUCUCGAGAUGUUCUUCCCUGGCCUAAUCUACUAAGGUUGGACCUUGAAAAUAACAGGCUGCAAGGAUCGUUCCCGAUUUCUCAAAUUCCACCAUCUAUUCAAGAGUUAUAUCUUUCCAACAACCUUCUCACAGGCUUUAAAAAUUCUCGAGAUGUUCUUCCCUGGCCUAAUCUACAAUUGUUGGACCUUGAAAAUAACAGGCUGCAAGGAUUGUUCCCGAUUUCUCAAAUUCCACCAUCUAUUCAAGAUUUAGUUCUUUCCAACAACCUUCUCACAGGCUUUGAAAAUUCUCGAGAUGUUCUUCCCUGGCCUAAUCUACGAAUGUUGGACCUUGAAAAUAACAGGCUGCAAGGAUCGUUCCCGAUUUCUCAAAUUCCACCAUCUAUUGAAUAUUUAUAUCUUUCCAACAACUUUCUCACAGGCUUUGAAGAUUCUCGAGAUGUUCUUCCCUGGCCUAAUCUACGAAUGUUGGACCUUGAGAACAACAGCUUGCAAGGAUCUCUCCCGAUUCCACCACCAUCUGUCCUAAUUUAUCAAGUCAGUAAAAAUGCAUUUACGGGAGAAAUUUCACCGUUGUUUUGCAAUCUGAGUUCACUUUAUGUGCUUGAUUUGUCCUAUAACAAUUUGAGCGGCAAGCUACACCCAUGUUUCUGCAACUUAAGCCAGUCUUUGACAACACUCGAACUACGAAGCAAUAACAUCGGUGGAACCAUCCCAGAUGCAUGGGCAAAAGGGUGCAGCUUAAGUAUUAUCGACUUGAAUCACAACCAAUUACAAGGUCGGCUCCCAAGAUCAUUGGCCAAUUGUAAGGAGUUAGUGUAUCUUGAUGUUGGUUACAAUAAGAUCCAUGAUACCUUUCCCUUAUGGUUAGGAACUCUUCCCGAGCUGAAGAUUUUCAUUCUUCGCUCUAAUGGAUUUUACGGUGCAAUAAGAAAUAUCCAAAUCAAUUGCACACUCUCCAACUUGCAUAUCAUCGAUCUCUCCCACAACAAUUUCUCUGGAGAUUUGCCCGCAAAAUGCUUCCAACAGUGGAACACCAUGAAAUUAUUUGGUGCAAAAGAGUUUCAAUACAUGAGGGAUUACAAUUCUGGCAUCCUUUACUCAAUUUCACUAACAACCAAGGGCAUAGAGUUGGAGUAUGAGAAGAUCCAAGAUGAACUCAUAGUCAUUGAUUUAUCAUGCAACAAAUUUGAAGGAGAAAUUCCAGAAGUAGUGGGAAACCUAAAAGGACUACACAUUCUCAAUUUCUCCAACAAUGCUCUCUCCGGUCGUAUCCCAUCAUCGUUGGCGAACUUGACAGGUCUAGAAUCAUUGGAUCUUUCUCAAAAUAAGUUGUUUGGAGAAAUACCCCCACAACUCGCCCAACUCACUUUCCUGGAAAUUUUUGAAGUGUUCAACAAUUGUCUCACAGGUCCCAUACCACAUGGAAGUCAAUUUGAGAGGUUUCCAAACAGUUCUUUCAAUGGUAACCCAGGAUUGUGUGGAAUGCCAUUGUCAAAAGCAUGCGGAGAUUCAUUGCCUAAACCUCCAUAUGAAGGAAAUCAAGGUUUAGUGUCUCCAUUUGAAUUUGGGUGGAAAGUAGUUGCGAUCGGGUACGGGUGUGGAUUUGUAAUAGGAAUUGUUAUUGGACAAUGGGUGAUUGCAAGGAAGCAAGAUUGGUUUGUAAAUACCUUUAGAAUUAAGAAGUAGCAACAAACACGAGAAUGAAUUAAGUAAUAUAUUUAAUAUAUAUAUAUAUAUAUGUGUGUGUGU